GUCCUCUCCUUCCCCAACCAGUCACUCCCAAACAAGGAAAUAACCUCUCAACUUCCUUCUGGCCUCAUGUCUGCAGAACAAGAGCUGCGUGGGAUUAACUCCCUUCCGAUGGAACUUUGUGACGAAAUCGUCCUGUUAGUCGCAACAGAAUCACUCAGUCUAUGCUCUUGCGAUGUUGAUGGCCAUGAUUACUACUCCUUCAAGGAACGAAACAAGAGGCUGAGACGUCCUCGGCUCGUCAACAAGCUAUUCCAUCAAAGUGCUACUCGUAUCUUAUUUAAGGAUACCAUCAUGUGCUAUGAGGGACCCCUACGCGACGAUAUAAAUCAGACUGAGACGAAACUUCAAGGCAUUAUCGCGUCUGGCUUAACCCGCUAUAUUCAAAACCUACAUGUCGACCCGAAGCUGCUCUGUCGGAGCUUUCAUCUCCUCUUCCAAAAUCUCCACUGCCUACAAGGUUUCUUCUGCAACGUUUCCACUCCUCGGGAUGACGAACGCGACUUCAUAUUCACAGCUCUUCAGCAUGCACACCCUCCAAGUUUACGCACGCUGCGCCUUAGAGGUUACGGCCUGGGCCAUCAUCCGAGCUUCGAACGCAUGCUUGUCAUUUUUCUGCCACAGCUUCAAGAUCUUUCGGUCGAAUUGAGAGGUAAGACAAAAGAACCUAAGGAUACUAUCUUCUGUCUGGGAGAGCAGAUAUUUCGACAUGCCCAGAGGUUGCGCAGUCUCGUGAUUAAAUGGUAUGAUUUCGAAGUGCCGGGGUAUCAUUCAUUCCUCCCUCUUGAUGCACCUUUGGAGCGGCUACACCUGACUCGUGUGGUGAUCUCAUAUGAGUUGCUUUCAGCAGUCUUGUCAUAUAGAGAGACGCUAUUUUAUCUGCGCUUCCGUGGUGUCACCUUGCGGACGGGAAGUUGGGCCCAGUUCCUGACCUCAUUAAGGCGUUUCCCAAAAUUGGUCGACCUUAUGGUGUUGGGGUGUCGGUAUGAGCCCAGCGCUGCGCACAAUGAUUUCGAAGAAAUUUCCCGUUUUUCAACGCUAAGACCUGAUGACAUCUCUGCAUACGAAGCGUGCUUGGCAGAAGUAAAAGCACGCCAGAAAGAAACGGGCUAUAAAGAACCCUGGACAACUUCAUGGUCAGAUCUGGACCCAGGACGCCACUGGACACGGCUUGCUAUACGGCUUGAUUCGCAAAAUACUGGAUUGAGUGAAUGAAGAUCUGUAGAUAAACUGGAGACUUGCUAUUGCUUGCCCGCUUCAGCUGUUGUACCUGCAAACGGCAACUGCUGAAUGCUGGAUUAGUUUACAUUGCUUUGCAGAAUUCGCAAGUUGAGUCAAACUUGGAAUACAAC